GAAUCACUGAGUCUUUGAGAGUCAACAGACACGAAUGCCAUGAGUGGACUGACUCCGGGAACUGACUUUUUAAAGUUGAUUGUUCCUCGUAGAUCUAACUAAGGUAAGUCUUAUUCUCCAGAAAUAUGUCUACCUUAAUUGGUACCGCAAGUUUGGACUAUUCGAUGAAAUCCGCUUUAAAUCUCUCCAAUCGUGCAGGGUUCUCAUGCACAAUUAUGUAUCCAAAACGUGUCCAUGAACUUGGACUGAUUUUUCUGAGGUUAGAGGCGUUCCGCAUUUUAAUUACCUCUUCAAUUAAAUUCGGCAGUAAACGAUUUGUCGCUUUAAACCCAACCGUAAGUUUCAGCGCUGACUUCUAAACAAAUUGAACUACACUAGCGAUGUUUCAAGCCGAGCCUGAGCGUUACGUGGCAAAAAAAAUGCAAUCUUGCAAAACAGUAUUUCCGCCUCAGCAAUCUUCGUUGUCUUGCCUGAGCAUAACUGCUAACAUAAGCAAACCGUAAUUAUUCUGGUCUUGGGGUUGCAUAUGAAAUAACAACAUCAGAUGUUAUAAACUUUGUUAUGUUUCAACAUGAACUAUUUUGUGUUCUGUAGAUCCAUGGUUAUGUUUAUGGUUAUGUAAUUCAAAUGACUUGCGCAGGCGCAGAGGAUGUUCGUCUCUAUGUUCUCUUUGGUUGGGAAUCGAGAGGGGGACACUUAAAGGGGAAGGCGGGGCGCUGUCGAAAAUUUCAAACCGUUUAAAAAGCGUAGAGUUAUUGAGAUCGUCGAGAACGGAUUUAACGGUGAGUUCAAUGUUGGCAAUGCCAGAGUCACAAAUGACCUGCCGAGGGAUAAUAAAAACAAAACUACUCUGUACAUUACUAAUUAGACUGUUCACAGUCCCCUAUUUUUUCGUGAGAUCGUUUAGAUAUACCGCGUCUUACCGUCACGGGUAUCUUGAUUUUCAAAUGUACCGAGGGGGUGGGCGUCGCGGAUUAUAGCUCUGGGUAGGGGGGUGGGAGCGAGAAAACUAGAGGAAUGAAUGGUAAAAGGCGUGAAAUUCCUGUCACGCCUCCUGAACACGAGCUGCGGUGAUGUUAUUACAGUCCCUCUAUUUUUCUCGCUUCCUCCCAAACCGCCCCCGUCCCCUAAAGUGGUUUUGACACUCAUGCAAGAUGGCAGCACGUAACGCAAAGUUGCUCGAUCUCGAUGAUCUUAGGGAAAAAUAGAGGACUGUGAACAGUCUAAUUACUAAUUUUCAGUCGCAUUUUCAGUUAAAAACGGUUUACAAUAGGACAAAGUUGGAGUUAAUUUGUGGCUGUUGCGUUAGACAGAAAGAACAUUACAUGGUAUGCGAGAUUUGAAUAUAUGGCAAACCGAAAAUGAUAGGCUAAUAAAAAAGAUACAUGUCAGUAAUUAAGUUCAUCAGGCAUAGUUAUACCAUGAGGGUCCAGAAAGGCUCCACUAGUGACAUUGCUCUGCCUUUCGACACGGCUGAUACGUGUUAAGUUCAAACGAUAAUGGAAAUAACGCACCCGUACGAAACGAAUUCUCUUCGCUGUUUAUAUCUUCUUUAUUACAGAUAUUGUUACAUGAAUGGCUCCCCCUGUCUGUCCAGGCAACGAUAUUACAAUCCUUGAUGAGGUCCUUGAUGGGUACCAAUGCAGGGAAUGUCAAACUUGCCCCGCAGGGGAGGGACUGUCAGUUAACUGCGGAGACGUCAUUACAUCUCAAACUCCCGUUAAAUGCCUGCCUUGUGUACUCGGUGAAACUUAUUCAGGUGGAAAUCAAGCUGGUGCAUGCAAGACGUGCCAAACUUGUGAUGAGUACCGAGAAACCAUCAAAACUUGUACACUGACAUCAAAUGCAGAGUGUGGAAACUGCACGCAAAGGGCCUACUUCGACAACACCGUGGGAAGGUGCAAGCCAUGUUCUCCUUGCUGUAAUGAUGGCGAAGAUAUUUUAGAGGCCGGAUGUCAAGUCCCUGGAGUCGCGGCAAACAUGCAGUGUACCUUUGCGCGAUCUGAAAAGUGCAGCAAAGUAGCGGUGAGGAACGUAAGCAUCAGCCCCUCGCCAACGCAGCACCCGACUCCAUCAUCCAGUGUCGGCAUACCUUGGCCAACGACAACGUAUCCCACAACAAAGAAUUUAGAUGAACCGUCUGGUCUCAGUGCCUCGGCUGCCACUUCCUCUUACUGGAUUGCCGCUGGUGCUGGUGUUGCUGUUGCUUUCCUUGUGUUUUUGGUAUUUUUGGCAAUAUUUUACUACCGCCGAAAAAGGAAAUACCAAGAGAGGGAAACUGGCUUAUCCGUUGAGGAGAUAGAACGUCUGGAACCAGGCCAAAGUAAUGAAACGGAGACAAACGACCGAGAACCUUUGACUGUGGCUCCCCCCGCACUAGAGCCCUCGACGCCCCCUGUUGAGGAGACCGACCAAAUUCCACUUUCGAUACAAGAUUCCCAGCUACCAUCCCGUAUUGAUACAACAGGUAACUGCGCUGUAGUUACAUAAUCAGUAAGAGCCAGGUCAGACCAAAACUGAACGAAAUACUGGGUGCGCCAUCUUUAUCUUGUAAUAAAUAGAAUAGACUGCGGCAUCCUCUUUUAAUCCCAGGCCUAUCAACCGAAACACGUGGGAGAAAGAACAAAUGACAACGCGUGCGUGUAUGCGUGUGAAACAAAAAACGGAUGUAUCUUUUUGGGCGAACGCACCCGCGUUCACGCGUACUACUUUACUACGUCUGUUUAGUCUCUUGGUAAGCAAAUAAUCAUUUUUCCGCGGUCGUCUGUUAUUUCCUUCAAACAACAGAUGAAAAAAAAAAGGAGUUUUAGUUAUACAAGCCCAGGUUAGUCUUGGACGGUCCAAAUCAAUUUGUUUCCGCAUGUGAAAUCUUUCCCAGCUAUCAAUAUGCGACCAUCGACCCCAGAGGGGAUGUUUCUAUAAAGAGAUAAGCUCCAAAAAAAGUUUUUAUACUAGAAGCAUUUGAGGCUUUUUAAGUUUUUAAUUGACAACUCUUUCUUCCAUUUCCUUGUUUAGAUUUCAAAACUUGCGAGUCGUAUGUAGACCCUCUGGUUAUCCUCUCCCUUGAAGACUACAAAGAGACCGCGACAGCCCCCAGCGAGACUGGUGACGAGCCGGACGGAGUAUGACGUGCGAACUUUUCUUAUACUUAUAGUCAAUUAUUUUGUUAGGGAUGUCUUAAGUUGACUUUAAUUUAUCUGAGAAAAAAUUACUGGAAUGAUAGUUCUGUUCUAAAAGAAUAUAAUCAUUUUUCCGGUCUAUCACAAGUCAAAGAUAUUUUAAUGUCAUCGCCCGGACGUCAAGGCUGGUAAAUUUUGAGGUAUAAUAUUUAACAUCUCCACUGUCAUUGCGUGUAAUUUCUUAUAACUUGGUGGUGAGAAAUUUCCUGCCCAUAAUUUCUUAUCUUUAGUCUUUCAGGUAAGUUUUUGAAAGGUUUCCUUGAAAACAAACUUUUCAUCAGAACCACAAGGCCACAACGCCGAAAUCAAGGUCUUUCAUUUUGCAGCCAUAUUAUACAGUAUUCCUCUUGUUUAAUGAUUCAACUGACAACUGACUAUCAUAUAGUACGCUCGAAAAUGAUCAGCGACAGUCUCUCUUUUUGCCAUGCAUAGUGCGGAAGUAAUCGGCUUUACAAUGGAGUUAAAUGUGCUUUUGUCAAACUUCAUUUACUUGAUUACCUAGUGUAUGUGGAAUAUUAUUAAAAUUGCUUUAAAAUAAAGAAAUAUCUUUUUAAUGAUGUUCGUGAAUUUUUAAACGUCCGUCUUUGGGAAACACGACUAUUUUUAAAUCAUCGUGGAGUGACUUCCUUCUCGGUGUGGUUUAGAAACGGAGUGAGCCCAUGAAGAAAAUCGGUUCCUUAGUGAUAAUUGACAUGCCGACAAAUGAUUUCCUUAACAAACGUACCCGCGUCUACCCUGGGUGCCAGAGACUUUUCUAGCCCGGUUUCCGGUUUCUUCGCCGCUCAUGGCUUCGGCCAACAGCGGGAAUUCCCGCCGCAUGCGAGAAAAACCUCUGGUACCCAGCUAGGGUAACCCGCGUCUCAACGCACUCACCACACAUCUCAUUAACAGAGGAUAUAAACACCGUUUCAUCCAGGAGGAAAUAAACGGCAAAGUACGCCUUAUUCGACGCAGCCACGCCCUCAAAACAUCCACAAGACAGGAAUCUGACAGAGUACCAUUUGUAGUAGUAACAUUCAAUCCAGUUCUUCCCAACAUAAACCAUAUUAUUUCUGGCAAUCCAUUCUUCAUUCUUCACAACGAUGCAAAGAAGAAGUUCCUUCUUCUCCUCUUAUAUCCUACCGCCGUGACAUCCUAGUCAGAGCCAAACACCGCAGACCACCCCCCAAAACACCUGGAGCUUUCCGCUGUAAUACUAAGUACGUACAAGAAAGAAGGCGUGUCCUUUUAUCAUCCUACCCCGGGCACAGACUCGUACCCAGUCGCUAUUUAUGUGUUUUGGGGGUGAGAGAAAAUUGGGGGUUAGGUUGAGGCGCGCGGGGUGUCAUGGGAAGGUACGAAGGAAAUAUAGCGUAAUAGCGACGCUAUUUUUCCCUUCGUCCCUUCACACGAGAAGGUACAAGUCUGCCCCGGGCAUCCUACUGCCGUUUCAUACCACUUCUCCCCUCCAGAUCAUUGCAUCAGGGACAUAGAACUAAUUGGUCAGACAGGGACAGUAUCCGUAAGGCCCGCGAAGGAUUUUUUUAAAAAUAUCUAAAGGCAAAACACUUGAAUCCUGUGGGAUGAAGAGACGAGAUGAAAUUUAAUCUAUUGACACAGAGCUAUUGACAUAUAUUUUUAUGUAACCUCUUUAAGCAAGUUUUUGUCUAUUGUCCUCCACCUAUCACAUUUUAUUUUUUAUUUUUGUAUUACAUUUUAUAUACAGUAACCGUUUAUUCUAUUCUUGCUUAGCUUUUCUAGCCCCCGAUAAAGACUAGCUUUGUUUAGUCGAAAUAUUGGGCAAAUAAAUUUGUAAACCUUACCUGUCCGAUCAGCGUACUGACGUAAACAUGGAAAACGGAAACGGACUUUGAGUGGUUCAAAGUUUAUAAAGGCUAUAAAAAAGCAAGCUUUAAGGUCGAACUGUAAUUAGAAUUUAAAAGACAGCUACAAAACUUUCCAAUUUGAAGAUCAGCUGCCCAAAAAACAAGUGAAUUAAAAAAAAGCAGAAAAGAAAGGAAAAAUGGACGAUGAACGUCCCCGGAGGGUACUUCCUUAUAAUAUGCUAAUGAAUGUGCCGCUGGAUGGGGUCGCAUUUUCACGACUGGUGUGACUAUGAUGGGGUCGAAGUUUUCAAUAGAGUUACUAGAAUGAGGUCGCACAUUUUCUGAUUUUUGGGGUAAGACAGUUCUUCAUAUUUACGGUUAGCAAACGUACCAGAAUGUCUGUACUGUGAAAAGUAAAGUGUUCUUCAUUCAAUAUAAGGUAGGUAGUUGGGAUCGCGAAAAUUACAUAUUCGCUCAAAAGUGACUAAGAUGGGGUCUAGGGGCUCUCAGAGGCCAGCGGCACUAGCCUGUUCCAUCGCUUUCUUUACUUCGCACCGCUCUCCACUAUCUGAACGCUUGGAACAGGCCACAGCGGCACAUACCCCCCCACCCCCCCUCUCCCAUGUGAACGUCCGAUGUUAGCUUGCGGAUCCUGUGGCGCUUCAAUGCGAGUCGAUUCUUUCAAAGUUGGCAAUUAUUAGCAAAAAACAUAUUCUUCGGCUACGUUUUGCGAUCUUAUUAUGCUUGGGGAUGGCGAUUAUUCAUCCUUUAGAAGGGGUCCUUUGCGUCCAAGGUUAUAAAUAAUCACGUGGAUGUCAAAGUAGCCUGACGGUCCAGGGGAUUUCCGGCCGAUGAGGAUUAUUUAGGCGUUGCUUGUCCCUAAAACGACCAUAAAGACGAUCAAGUAGAGAAGAACACAAACCUAGGAACUGUAAAAUUCAUUAGAAAGUAAGUCAGCUAAUGGUCAAUCUGUUAGAAGUUCAAAAUUGAAAGUUACGCUUCCGUCAAAACCAUUGUUUGUGCACGUAUUGUUCUUUGAUAUCGACUGAAAUCGCUACACAAAACAAUUAUGUUAAAAUAACCAUAGUACUAUCAUUGUUUCGUCUCCUCCCUUGAGAUAAAAGAACGUAAAUCUUCAAAUCUGAGUUUUUUGAAAAUUAGAAAAGUCACUGAGUAAGACCUUUAAGCUAAGCUCAGAGCCACAUGUAAGCUUUAAUAUGCAUGACAGUAUUUUUCGCUACGUCGACAUCUCACGCACGCCAACAACAUGUAUUAUAAAGUAUGUCUUGAAACUUGCUAAACAAAGGGCAGUUGCUGCUAUAAAAAGCAUAUUUUAAUAGUAGCCUUGGUGAUAUUGGAUGUUCUUCUUUUAGAAUUUGUAUUUGUGGGUGCAGGUUUUUACCAGUGGGGAGUGAGGCUCUUGCACAUCAUUGCACCCAUAUGGGUAUUACAGGGUGCUCUGGUGUAAAACAGUUAAGUUCAUGGUAUAGGAAUGAGAGGACAUUUGUCUUAAUGGAAGGAAAGGCCAACUGGAAAAUUGGCUCUAAAUUCUCAGCUUCCUAAACCCGACAAUACACUAUUUUAUCAGGGUAGUGAAAUGAACAGAUGGUCAGAGUUUGAAGGCUUCCAUGACAUUAAUCCCACCCAAGCUUCUGUUCAUUUCUUUUCCUCCCAGGAUUGUGCAGUCUCAAAGUUUGCUUAAUAGUACAGCCCUACUGCUUCUGUGCAUCAUUUUAGAUAUGCUGGAAUAUAACUGGGGUCAUACUACGUACUUAUCGAUCUUGUGUACCGUAUUUAUUCGAUUAACCGCCCUGGGCGCUUAUUAAAUUUUUGGACCUUGAGAGUGGGCGCUUAUUCGAGGUGGGCGCUUAUUCGAGGCUGGGCGCUUAUUAAAUUUUCACCAUUUUCAGCAAGUGAAGUAUGUUUAUUUUGCAACAAAACAAUAAAUGCUAAUAACAAAACGCGAAGAAGUAACAAAGCAAGGCUUCUGUAAAAUACUCUGAAGAAAACUCCGUCCUCGGAGAAGUCUCUCAUUAGAAUUUAUUCACUCAAGUGGGUGGGGUGGGGGUGAGCGCUUAUUUGAGUUUGAUUGGGAGGAGGAGGGGGUGGGCGCUUAUUCGAGGCUGGGCGCUUAUUAACUUUUUCUGCCUUUAGGAUGGGCGCUUAUUCGAGGUGGGCGCUAAUUCGAGGUUGGGCGCUUAUUCGAAUAAAUACGGUAAUUUGUGCACCCCUUGGUUGAGUAUCGGCCAAUGAGUAUCGACCAACAGUGUCGACCGAUACUCGACCAAGGGGUGCACAAAUUACACAAGAUCCGUACUUAUUGACUGAGUGGGAGGGCCAGACGGUAAAUUAUUAUAACUCAGUCAAUAAAGGCUGGUUUCCAGUGGCGUCGGAGUCGGAGUCAUAAUCAAAUGUGUAGAGCUUUUGAUCUAGUAACAGCGUUCUGAUUCCGCUUACGACUCCAUCACUUACAUUCCCUUUAUGAUCCAGUGAAAACCAGAUUGUCAGAGUUGGAAGCAGAAGUAUGGGAACGUACUUUGUGAUUGGUUUGUUCUUCCUCUUCUGCUUCCAACUCCGAUAAUCUGGUUUUCCCUAGAUCAUAAGCGUAAUGUAAGCGACGGAGUUGUAAGCAGAGUUAAUGGAAGAAAUGGAAACAUUCUGGUUCUUCCGACUCUCCGAUUCCGCCCCGCUUAUGACUCCACUUACGACUCCCAUUUUUUAUUAGCCACUAAGGUCAUAAGCACUCUUACAACUCCGACUCCAACUCCGUCACUAGUGAAAACCUGUCUUAAGCAUUUAAUCAUAAUUAAGACAGUUGUGUUUUAAUUUGAAUAUUGUUUUUCUAGCAGAGCCGUAUGCAUUUUUCCAUCCCUAUCACUUGACGCAUAGGCGUAUGGGCAAUUUUUUGCCAGGGGGGGCGGUAAACUAUUUGCCCAAAAAAUUCUCGCAAGUUGUCCAAAUUUUUACGAAACAGUAGAAAAGACACGAGGGCCAUACGAUGCAACAACGUAGGCCGCACUGGCAUAUGAAGGUGGCUCGAUACUGUAACAGUUUUUCAGGGUCAAUAACUCGCAAUUUUGAGCAUAACUACGUCGCCAUAGACAAACAUUUGGAAAACUUGCUACCAUAGUUUUAUAAGAUAUAGAUGAACAUUUAUCAUAGGGUUUUAAUGACAUUGGAGUUGUCAUAGCAACGAUAUGACGCCAUUGUCUAUUUUACUUGCAGCAAUAUUUCUUGGCACUGGGAACUGUUCCUACAAAAUCAUUCACGGGAAUUUUUUUCUCCAAUAGUCGCGUCGAUUUUCGUGAAGUUAAAACGGAAUCUAUAAAAGAGUUAAUCGGGAUAUUUUGGGAUGAAGUUUUAGAAAUAUGCUAAAAAAAAAAUCUUGAUGUUUGGCCGUUAUCUGUAGAAAACGAACCUCUUUUGACAUGCAGUUUCUCCUCAUAGUAGCUUCAAUCUUUUUAAACCUCUGGCCGAAGGAUUCCAUUUCAUUAGUAUGUAUCAAGGCGCUCUUGUUAGUGGCUUCGUAAACAUUUCGGUCUACUUUAAUAAAUUAUUGCUUGAUAGAUUAUUAAAAACAUUUAAUAUUCUUCUCGUAAUUCGAGCUGAGUACUAGUCAGCCACUUCUUCAUUUUCACACCCACAGUUGCUGAUGCUAUCUGCCAUACACUGUUCUACGGGCGGAGAUGAUUCUAGAAAGAUAUGUGGAAGUUUAUUCUAAUCAAUUCACGACUGGAAAGAGCGCAUUCCAGUCAGUGCAGUGCAGUACAGUGCUCAACAAUAAAAAACUAUAAAUAUGUAAAUCAACAAAUGAUACCCUUCCCUAUAACUAGAAACUCAUCACGUGCUAAGCAACCACUGUGAGUGUCUCGAAAGAAUGUAACUGGAUUAUUAGGCUGACUUCAGGAUUUUUUUCAGAUUAAAAUAGAAAAUAUUAGUCUUUAUAAACUAAUAAAUAAAAGCACGGAAACGUCUUUAAAAAAUUGCUUUGCCCAAAUUUUCUCUUGCUGCCCAAAAAAUCUGAGUUGCCCAAAAUUUGGGGGGGCUGCAGCCCCCCUCGCCCCCCCGGCCCGUACACCUAUGACUUGACGCAUAACAUAUGGCCCUCAGAUACAGGACUUUCUUUUCAUAUGGUUUUCUAAUGAAAUUGUGCGCGGGGCCAUUCAGGUCAUAUGAUGAUUUAGCAUUUCUGCAAUUUCAGUGACAGAUCUUGUGGAACCGAGUCCUCAGACCCGUGAACAGAUGACUGAAUUUUGGAACAAGCACUCCACUGCACAAAGUGUUGAAGAAAUGAUGCUAGACAGCAAAGCAGAGGUUCUAACACAGCAUGAGCAGCCUGAGGUCUUAGGAAUGCUGCCAUCUGUCAAAGAAAAAGAUGUCCUGGAACUUGGAGCUGGCAUUGGGUAACACAUUUCUUUACGUUUUGCCUCACAUGCCUUACUGGAAUGUUGAUUAAGCAGCAAGGCAAUCACGUAGUCAAUUUUUUUGUGAAGUAGUUACUAGUUCAAGGGGUGGUAAUAGUUAGUUGAUGCAAGUGGUGGUUACACGUAUAUAUGUGAAGCUCUCAAACAAGGCUAGAGACAAGGGGAAAAAAGAAAAGAAAUUAAGUCUACAAUCGUGUAUAUUGGAAAAUAAAAAUGCAAACAUAAAAAGUCGAGUUUUCAAGAAAUUUUUGCAUUAUUAAGUUGUGUAAAUCAAUAUAAUCAUUUUCAUCUGAAAGUUUUUGGAGUUACAGUGUAAGUGUUGUGGAUGUUGAUUUUAAUAAGUCAAGUUUUUGUUUUUGUUUUGCUUUUUAACACUGGGUUUUUGUCUUCUCAUUUCUUUACUUAUUAGAGUAUUACAGCUUCAAGGUAAAGCUGAUGUGUGUGAUUUUGUCAGGCUUUUAGUUGCAAUUUGUAAAGAGCUGUUACCAAUAAUUUACUUUUGAUUGUAUUAUUAUUGCCGCAUUUCAGUCCCAACACUGAUUUUGAGGAGCCUCUUGUUUGAACACCACUUUUGGUGAUGAUUGCAGAGGCUUCCUCUGACUGUAGCAGUAGUUCCUGAUCAUAAUACGAUAUGAUAAGGUAAAAUAAAUAAAUUAUUACCCAUCACUGACUGACAAGGGCACUUGCACGUUUAGUAUUAUGUUUUGUAAGGGAGAUAUACGGCAAGUUCUUGGGGCUCACAUGAUUUGGUGGAGUGAAUAUCCUGUUUUCUGUUCCAUAAAUUAGACAUUUUUAGAAACAAUGAAUAUUGCUACUUCUGCUUGCUCGCCCCCACCCCGGGGGGGGGGGGGGUGGGGGUACUGCCAUAUAUGGGCUAUAUACGUAUGUGCGGCUUUAAAGGCUUAUGGUUUUCAAGCAGUUUACUCUAGGAUAGGGUAUAUAAAUCAGAGCGUUUGGCUCUAGAAUAGGGUAUCAUUUUUCAGGAAACUGAUCAGUUGGUUGAAGAUUUUAUCUAGACUAGGUACACAGUUACUCUAGGAUAGGGGGAUUUGGGGAGUUUACUCUAGUAUAGGGUAGCAAAAUUCAGCUGAACUAGCUCUGGUAAAGGUUAAGGGUUCCUGGCUCCCAGCGGUACAUCCCCCCCCAGAAAUUCCUAAAGUACCCCCUUGGGCCCCACACCUCCUCUGGAUGGGAUGCCAGUCCACUACAGGCUUACCCCCAGCAAUAUGUUUGGGUAAAACACUCUACCAGACUAUCACAUCUUCACGGAAUGCAUUUACAUACAUGGCAAGACUUAAUUUGCAUAACAUUUCUCAAGAAAUACCUACAAUACUAGUAACAACGUAAACUUUGCUGCUCCCUUUCUGAAGUUCUUCUGGAUCAAUUCACUCUAUCCAGUACUAUAAGUGUAUGUAUUUCACACUCUAAGAGACAUCAACAAAAGUUGGAUCAGACCAGAUGAUAUUAACCCAUUAAUUAAGGUCACAUAUUGACAUAAGGUUUGGGGUAUUAUGAUCACUGGGUAUGAUCUGAUCCAGACCAAUCCAGGUUUUGUCAGUAGCCCAAUCUAAACAGAGCUGAGCUCUAGCAGGGCCAGAUGGACCUUGGCACCAAAUUUAUGCUCUCUGGAGACUUGAAAGUCUCAUUUUUUUCAUGCAAACCACAUGCUGGGCACCCUAGAUUUUACAGGUUCAGAGCCUUGGGCUCCCCCCAUUUUCCUUAGAGCACAACCUUGCUGAGACAUUAUGAUACUUUACGUGAUCAAAGCUGAGCACAUACAUGUUAACUUGUUGUUUUUUUUUUCCCAACCAUUAAUUUGAAGUAAUAAGAUGAAGCAACCAUUCUGAGAAGACCAGUGUCCUAAUUUGAGGGUUUUUCAUGAAAUUUAAUUCCACAGUUUGGUUGAAUAAGUUAAUCAUGUUAAGAGGAAGUAAUUAUUAGUUCCUGUUUUGCCUGGUAACACCAUUAAACCACAAUGAAAACAGAAACAAGAAGUGAUUCGAGUUAGCAUGUUUCGCCACACCUACACUCCUGGGAAUAAAUCAUCUGAUCACAAGGUUGAUGCCUUUUCAAGGAUUUGACACGAUGUUUGCAUUGAUUGCAGUUUCUGAUUUAAAAUGAUUGUAGUACCGGUACAUGUAUUUCUUUUCUUUUCUCACACAGGCGUUUUACUGGAGAUAUUGCAGAGGAAGCCCAUCAUGUCACUGCUGUAGAUUUUAUGCAGUCGUUUAUUGACAAAAACAGGAAAAACAAUGGAGCAAAGUUUGACAACAUUGAUUUUGUAUGUGCUGAUGUAACAAAGCUUGAUUUGCCUAAAGAUAGGUAAGUGAAUGAUUAUUACUGCAAUAUAUAACUGCUAAAUUAUAUUGUAAAUGAUCGCCUAGGCCUCAGUUGUUUAAAAGGCAGGUAAUGCUUAAUGCACUAGCUGGAUGAAUUUCUAUCCAGUGAAUAAUGCAAUUACGGUAGUUUAAAUACUUAUCCACUGGAUAGUGAUUUAUGGUAGAUAGUGCUUGACAAAGGCCAUUUUGGGUUUGGGAAGGUAAUUAUAAUGAUAAUUUAGAAAUUGCAAAAAAGUAUUUGAAAGGAACAGUUGCAGUCAACAGUGGGGGAGUCAGGAGAAAAACAGAAAAAUUUAAUUGAAGCAAGUUUGCAAUUAGUUGUUUCAAAAGAAGAGUAAAUAGGGCCAGGAAAGAGCUGGCAGCAACAAAACAACAUAGAACAGAGUUAAAGAACAAAGAAAACUGAUUCCUCCCUCUCACUGAUGACUGUUACCAACUCAUGAUUUGCUGCCGAGUCUAAAUUGACCUUGACAUUUUCCGGGGGUGCUUUCAUCUGUUCCUUGCCUUUCUAACCUCUCGUUUCAAAUCAUUUCAUUCUUUCUGUGAUAUGUUUCAGCUAUGAUGUUAUUUUCUCCAACUGGCUUUUGAUGUACCUCUCCGAUGAAGAAGUAAAGAAGCUGGCUCAAAACAUGCUUCACUGGCUUAGAGAUGGUGGGCACUUGUUCUUCCGUGAGUCAUGUUAUCAUUCAUCAGGAGACAUGAAAAACUCUGAUAACCCAACUGUCUACAGAACACCUGUGAAUUACACAGAUCUCUUCUCUGCUGUGAAACAGCCACAGUCCAAUGGAGAUAUUUCAGUCUUCGAGGUGAUCACAAAACGAGCAGUAGAAGCUUAUACAAAGGUAACAAAAUGGGAGUAUUGUUUUAUAUUAAGAUAUAGCAGAAAUUCCUAAAAACUCUGGAAAACAUCGUUGUUGUUUAAAGGGACUGUGUUACAAGGGUAUUGCUAUUUUAGGUCAAAUUCUGUGCUGAAUUCAUCACUUAGUGCCAUACUUCUGUAGAUAUGAAGUAGAUAUCAGGGAAAUCUAACCAUUUUUUGUGAUUUUUGUAGGCAUAGCAUUAAAACUGUAGCCAAUAAUUUCAAGUUUCAAUCCAUGUCCAUCCUUUCUUAAUCCAUUGCAACAGAUAACAGGAAACACUUUCAAUGCCUAAAAAUAGUCUUCAUUGAUGCCAAGACUGGUGGAAUUCCAUUGAUACAAAUCAAUUAGUUUUAGCUUUUUAAAAAAUAGAAAGCGUGACAUAGCCACUUUUUAAAAGUUGGGGUACAGCUAUGGAAGUUAAACGUGAGGUUUAAGACAUGGCAUCAGAGAAUGACCUAUCUAGCAACCAAACACACAAAAUAUCCAUACGCUACAAAAAUAUUUUAAAUACUGGAAGCGCAUGAAGCUCUUUUGGUGUUGUCUGCCUGAAUAUUUCUUAAGGAAAUGAUGAGAGUUAAAAGACAAAAGAAACUAAGAAUCGAACCAGGUUUUAAUCAGAAUUUCAUUUUGAACUACUUAUGUAUUUGCAACAGGAGCAAAAAGAAACUACAGUCUUAAUUAUUCAAUAUUGUGAGCUCCUCAGGUGAGAAUAUUGUAACCUCAAAUAAGAUAGAUAUUUUCUCUUUUCCUAAAUAAUAAUCAUUGUACCAGCUUGGUCUUGUACGCUGGUGAACUGCCGAGUCUCCAGUGCAGGUCCCCUAUGGUUGGUGUAAUGAUAUUAUAAUUAAAUUUCAACCCUGCUCACUGUAGAGCCUCCAGUAGUAUCCGAUCUAAAACUUAGAAGGUGAAGAGUUUGAUUCUCUUGCACCUGAAGCUCAGAAUUUUUUCUGGCCUUUCUUCUUUCUUCUUUCUCCUUCUUCGCUUAAUAAUAUUGUACAGCCUUGUCAUCUUGUAUGCUGGUGGACAGAUGAUCUCAAGCAAGUCCAGAUACUGGUCCCCAGUGGUUGGUGUCCUUUUUUUACCCUGUUCACUAUAGAGCCUUGAGAAGCUCAGUGGUUAGAGCAUCCAAUCUAGUCGAACUCAAAGGGUCUUGAUUUUAAUUCUCACCCGGAUUGAGGAAUUUUUUCUGUUCUUUCUGGUGAUAGAGUUUUCUCCUUAAUCAAUUUCCGGAACCUUAAGCUUAGUUACAGAAGCCAGUGACACCUCUUCCCCAGUAAGUUUGGACAAUUAAUUGAUUUGUUUUACAGAUGUAUUUGAAAAUGAACCUUUUGGUGUCAGUUGUAAUUUAAUAAUCUAUUGUAUAUUUACACAGCAUAAGAGAAACAAACAUCAGUUUUCUUGGUUGUGGAAUAAAGUGUCAUUCAAAAAUGGUAGCAAAGGGACUCGCUUGCAGGAAUUCCUUGAUACUAAUCAGUACAAUAAUGCAGGAAUCUUGAUGUACCAAAGAAUUUUUGGUGAAGGAUUUGUUACUCCUGGGGGAAUGGCAACUACAAAGGUACCUUAUGUAUAAUUUGGUUAUUUUUCAACUUGCAGAUUAUAUAAUGAGCCCUGGAAAUCUGAGGUUUCACUUUUACACCAAUCUUCUCUUUCCCAUUUUUGACCCACCCCACCACCACUAAUUCAAACACAAACCAAACCUCUCGGCUCCCCAAACAGUUUUUGCUCUGGUUGCAGAAUGUUGAUUCAAUGAAACAGUCACUUGUCAUAACAGAGAUUGUUUGGGGGGUUCCUUCUAUAAACCUCCAUAAGAUGCAGGAGACGUCCCUUUUCUAUAUGACCUGCCCACCAAGGGUUUUCUUUUCUUUUUCUUUUCAAGAGAGAGCAAGCAUAGUGUGAGGAACGAAAUGAACAUCUGUAGGGUUCUUUGAGAUAGAGCUGUCCUUCCAGAACUAGGAAUUUGACACUGUUCAGUGCUGAAAAUCUAAUGUUUGUGUUUUUUUCCAGGAAUUUGCGGGCUGUCUAAACCUUCAGGAAGAACAAGAGGUGCUGGAUCUUGGGUGUGGUCCUGGUGGCAGCACCUUUUACUUAGCUGAUGUAAGUAACAAUUUUAAGGAAAGACAAUUUACGACAUUAGAACUUGGGUCAAUUGUAGUACUAAUGUUGACAUGUUGAGCUCUCCCUUUCAAUGUUGGCCUUAAAAUUGGACAAUUCUACCAAAAAAAACAUUACAAAACAACAUUGGAAGGGAGAAAGACAGGUACCAGAGCAGUGUGACCCAAGCUGGGUGUCCUUGAGUGUGGCUUAGAUAUCUUCCCCUGUGUGCUCAGUAGUUUUCUUUUGGGUAUGGAGCUGAAGGACAUUUACUCUUGUAAAAAACUUAUUAACAAUUAUUCCACGAGUGCACGUUGGAUAUGAGUAGGCUAUAAUCAUCUCGUAUCCAACAAGCGCGAGUUGAAUAAUUGUUUUAUUGAAAACGCCCACAAAAUAUCGAAAAUUCUUGCCGACUUUAUUUGUAAAAACAACCAAUUUUGAGCUUGUUUUUAAUUUUGAGCAGAUGCGUACAGUUACCAGCGCCGUACAAACGACUUAUUGACGAGAUCAAGCAAAACUAACUUAACGACUGGGGAACGACUGGAGAACUUACAAUUUGACUAACAAUCGACGACUCUUUAACUGUGACAAAGGACGGAUCGAAACGCACCAAUUACUGAUUACGAGUUUUCAUAGCCAAUAACAUCACGGCUUAACGGACAGACGACCAAUGACAUCGCGACGUAAUUGACCAAUCAGAUCAAUAAAAAGAGCAUAAUACCAUCAACGGACGUGAUACAACUCACUUUGACUCUGAAGAUGACUACCGCACAGGUUGUCGAAACGUCAGUCAAUGUCAACAACAACAGUCCUAUUCAGGACUACGUUCACCCGGACGAUCAAACUCAACCUACUUUUAAAAAGACUCCUGGGUUCAAACCUUUCACAGAUGCGUACAGUUACCAUAUUUGGAGAGCAUGGUAUAAUGGCUCUAAAUAUUCCUAGACUUUCACUCAACUAAACAGGGACAGCCAUUGGCUGAUUCUUGGUCACGUGGCCUUGACUAAAAUCAAAUGUAUAUUCCGAUCGUGAUACAUCAAGCAAUGUACCCCGCACCCCGCUCGGGAUACAUUACAGCACGUGAUGAGAGCAUGGUGGAAAGUGGCGUGACAGAAGGCGGGAAAAACACUGCCAGUUUUCUUUUUCGUGAAUGGACACAACAACAUUCACAAUAACACAAACAUGAAGCCUCAAGCUAAAAAGCAACGAUUUUCAAAGUUAUCCUAGAAGAGAAACAGCAGCUAGUGGAGGAAGAUGCAGAUAAUAUAAGGAAAGUACUUUUUAAAUCAUUCAUUCAGUGGUUUUGAGAAUUAAAUUUGUGUUCUCAUAAGUACCGAGUCGUACUGUUUUGAUUCGCCCCUCUUAAGCGUAUUCUUUUGUUGCUGUUGAAGUACGUUGAAGUGAAAGUCUGGAAAUAUAACAAAACACUUAAUGUCAGGUCCCUCGGGAAACCAGUUAGUUUUGUUUUCCCUCGAGUCCUGAUGUUUCCCUUGACUUCGUCUCGGGAAACAUCAGGACUCUUGGGAAAACAAAACUAACUGUUUCCCUCGGGAUCUGACAUUAAGUGUAUAAUAUUUGAUGGCUAGGACAAUCAGAGCUCUAGAAUUUCAUUAUCCAAUGAUUCAGUUUUUAAUAAUUGUUUUUAUAUCAUUUUUUAAAGAUUAUUAUAUUGCAUCUCGACCAUCAGAAGCAAAUGCUCUUUUUCAACAUUUUCUCUUCUUUUUAGACCUUCCGUGCUUAUGUUCUUGGAAUGGAUCUUUCGGCAAAUAUGAUCAACUUUGCCUUUCAAGCAUAUGAACAGUCAAAUAAAACAAGUUUGGUAUGCUAUAAGUAUAUAUUUAUUCUAAUGCAUGUUAAUAGAUCAGUAUGGGGAUUACAUUUAUAGAGUGCAGGUCUGCUGGGGGAGGGGGGUAGGGUUGGGGCACAAAGACCUUUGUGUUGAAUAAACUCUUAGGGCCUGUUCGAUUGACUUUAUUUCGAAGUAAGACUAAAUGGAAUAAACUAUAAAAAUCCUUUCUUUUGGUAUUAUUUUAUUGCAUUGUUAUUUGUAGAAAUCUGCUUGAGGUAAAGUAUUCCGAUUUACAUGUAUGCAGCGUUCAAGACCCCGUUUGCACCAGUCCGGACUUAUUUUACAGCGAACAAAAUCUUGCAGGGAUCCGCCUUUCUUUGGAUCAGAAUUUAAGCUCAAUAAUUCGGUACAGUUCCACUUUUACGGGGAUUCCUGUGAACACCUGAAGUGUGCAAGUUAGAGGCUUGGUGCCUAGUUACGUGCCUUUUUGUUGGACAGGUAAAAAAUUCGUCCGUUCAAAAAUUUGUCCGGACCCAUAUAAUAACGGGGUCUAGUAAGAAUUCCGAACGUCCUGGUACAAGAAAUAUUGAACAAAACUUGUCCGUAUUGUGUGUUUAUCACUCGUCAGUAGCACUAAAAUUAAGCAAUAUACGAAUUGGCCACUGUCACAGUCGAACCUCCACUAACGGCCACCUUUUUUGGCGGACAGUCCCUACACUGACUCUUGUUUCAACCUCUCUACUGCGGCCACCUCUCUACAAUGGCCACUUUCGUCUGUCCCCAGGGUGGCCGUUGUAGAGAAAUUCAACUACAUGUUUAAACUUGAACUCUCAUGACAGAGUGAAGGUUCUGCUGUUGGGACAUUACAGUAUAGUACGGAAGAAAUAUUCUUCAACACCAACGAUUUGAUGAAAGUUUAACAGAGCUUUCGGCACCCAUCCGGUCCCUUGAUCAGUGAUGACGUUUGCUGUUAUUCGCAGCCUCGUUUUGAUGAGACUGCAGAUUAAGGGAAGGUUGUAGCCUUGAUCAUGAACUCUGUUUAAGCAUUUUUUUUGUGACGUUCUCUUAAAGGUGCAAUUUGAAGUAAGUGACUGCACAAAACGGGAAUUCCAGGCAGCGAGAUUUGAUGCAGUGUAUAGUAGGGACACCAUUCUUCACAUAGAAGACAAAAAAUCUCUUUUCACAAACAUACUGGUGAGUCAAGUUUUUUGAAGCAACGUAGUGCAAAGUUGUUAGACCUAUUAUUUAAAGAUAAAACUAGAUCAAAGUUUUAAUUGUCCUCCCAAACUCACUAACACAGGCCAUUGUUACCUUUAGUUGUGAACGUUCUGUCAGAGUUAGCUGAAAAAAUGUGAUCGGUCAAUUCGUUCACAUCGGGACUGUUCAGGAUAUCACCAGAAAAAGCGACGAGAUUGCGUUAGGUCAGCUGUUUUGGUAGAGCUGGGGAAAAUAGCGAAAAAUUCACACGUUUUGCGGAGAAGAGAAAGCUGAUCUUCUGGCUAAAACCACAGCAAGAACAGCAAAAAUACAACUCGACAAACGACAACUGCUAUUUGAAGAUAAAUAUCUGGUAGAUUUAGGUUUCUGGGAAACUGCCCACCUACCCCUCCCCUAAGCCAACAUUUUGCCCUAAACGAGAAGUAAGUGCUAAUGUUGGCUUGGGGAGCGGGGGGGUUAGGUGGGCAGUUUUCAACAAACCAAAAUUGACUUUGGCAUCAGACUUUUACCAAGGAACAAGCAAAGUGGUAUGGUUAGGAUGGUUCAGUGUGAACAAAACACCUAUCCGCACCAAUUUUCAACCGGUUGAAAAUUCCUGCGUUGCCAUGUGAACGUAACCAUAGUACGCUGCUCUGGGAAUUACAAGAUAGAAGUACACAAAAUUUGUCAUAAACUUGUCAUCCAUUGUGUUUUGAAGUAAUAGCUUUGUUUAUUAUUUAUCUUACCACUGAUUACAACAUUUCAACCGUUAACCCUUUAAACCCUAAGAUCAAAAUUCAAAUUCUCAGUGUCACCCCUAUUCAUUUACUAUAGAAGUAGUGGGGAGAAGUUGAUAAAGUAUCAAGCAAAUACAUCUUGUGUGAUCAUGUCCUUAAUUCUCAUGACCACUAUGUUUUAAAAAGCAUUGAUAUUAUAAGGAGAAAUUUGAUGCUGAUCACUUUUAGGGUUUGAAGGGUUAAAGGCCAGUCUUUAUCUGGCGUGUUGAUUUGCUUUGUAUAACUCUAGAUAGCUCGAUCUGAAAGAAUACACGUAAGUUUAAUAAAAAGAGAUAAAAAUUCUUACUUACUUAGUUCGAUGGACGAUUUUGACUUUUCGACUUAUCCAUUUCUAAUAGCACUGGUUAAAGCCCGGAGGUCAGCUGCUCAUCACGGAUUAUUGCUGUUGUCCUGGCGAACAUUCAGAACAAUUUAAAACAUAUCAGGAACAACGACAGUAUCACUUGAUUGAUAUAGAGAGCUAUGGACAGGUGAGUCUACUAACCCCUCCGAUGGCAGCGUACCCCCAGGCUCCCAGUUAGCCUUCCAUGCGGAGCGCGUGACGAGCUAUCGUGACUAAUUAUCACUUGGAUUUUUUUGUUACAGCUCCUUCGUAAAGUAGGAUUUGAGGAAGUGUCAGUUGAAGAUAGGACAAACCAGUUUGGAGAAAUCCUUGAAUGCGAACUAAAGAAUUUCGAGAAGACAAAAGAUGAGUUUGUGAAGGUAAGACGGUGUACUGGCUAGUUGAGGGGAGGUUAUCUUAUAAGCUGUGUUGUAUCUGCAAGUGCCCUUGAAGGAAUGGUUUUCGAACAUUGCGGAACGUGUGGCCAGAAGCUUGAGAGUCCACUCUAUUGAAAGGACAUUUAUCGAUUUUUCUUUUGUUUUUUGACCCCAAAAUAUUCUAUGCCAAAGCCCGUCACAUUCGCCUGGCGAUUUGCCUAAUAGUUGUAGCUCCGACGCUUUCCAAAAAUAUUCCGUGUCGAAAAAAGGGGUGACUCUUGCCAUAUGAAGUCGUACUGGCCCAUGGUUCUGCAAGAAUCUUUUCCUUCUAAACUCGCAGAACGAGUAAAAUGGGGAUCAGCCACUGUCUUAAAACAGGAAACUCAAUACUACAGUGAGUAAACAAUGAUGCACUCUCUCCGAAACGGGUCCAGCCUCGUAUAGAUAAGCACAUACUGUCACAUAUGUUCCCUGGAAUAGCCAGAAAAGUCCAAGUUCCAUCUAAAUAUGAUUUAUACUAAUGUGUAUUCAACGAAAACCGGCAAACAAGGCCCUAGCUUUGAAAGAGAGAGCUUGUAUAGUAUGACCUAUGUUUUGACAGACUUUAUACCGGUAGACUAAUUGCAUGUCCACUAUCAGCUUUCAUUUCUAAAAUACUUUAUCCACGAGUUACCCAUAGGCAUCCUUUGAUUUUGGGUAUGAAUUAUUUUGAACGAAUAAUCAAACUAUUAUUGAGUUCGGCUUUCGUAUGAUCUGAAGAUGUAUGCAAAUCACCGAGGAGGUCAUUCGCCAAGGUACAUCUGUAACACCCUCCUCAGACUUAUUAUUCAUAUUAUACUCAGUCUCAUCUAAUAGUUGCUAACAGCCAGUAAAUUAAAGGUCUCUCAGUCGGACUUGCUAGUAAGUAGUUAACAUCUGAAAUCUGUUGGUUAAUACGUUUUCCUUUGUUGGUUAAUAUAGGACUUCUCAGAGGAAGACUACAGUUCUAUAUUGAGCAGCUGGUCAAACAAGCUUUCAAGAUGCCGUGAUGGAGAGCAGAGAUGGGGAUUGUUUUAUGCCAGGAAACCUGUCAGCUCAUAGUCUCACGCGCUGGAAAGAACAUGAUUGCUUGGAAUCCUUUUCCUGGGAGAUACCCAGCUGCAACUAGACAGAUGUUUGAUUACUGAAUAUGACGCUUGCUUUAAUUAUAACUAGUUGCAUGGCUUGUUUACAAGCUACAAUCUUGGACAGAAUAAAAUGGAACAGCAAACACCAACACUCCCGAAAUCAAGGAUCAAGCCGCACGAAAGCCAAAGCCCGCGGGGUCUAAAUCUUCCAUCUGUGUUUGGUCCAAGAUUGUGACUUGUAUGACCUUAGUCCUAGGAUCACCCAAGACGGCCAAGGAAACACAACGCUUUAAAAAAGAAGAAACUUGCAAGGGUUAGCAAGGGUAAUGGAGUAACCCAUAUACUUGGAAAGAAACUCUUAGACCGUAAUUUAGUAGUUAUAAAGAUAAAAUUAUAUUGAUAUUGAAAUUAAUUACUGAUUUUUACAUGAUAUGAUGACCAAUUACGCGUUACAGUGUUAUUUAUUUUAAUACAAUUAUUGUAAAAAUAAAAAAUAAGAAUAAUGAAAAUAGAACAGCCCUAUUAAAAGAUGCUAUAAAAAAAGCUAUCCACGCUGAUCUGGC